AUGCCGAAUCGAUCCACUACUGAUACAGUUUCGAUUUCAACCGACACGAGUCUGGCCACAACUGAUAUAACUUGGAUCUCAACCGACACGAGUCCCGCCUUAUGUACCACAUGUUGGAUCUCAACCGACACGAGUCCGGCCUCAACUGGUACAAGUCGGAUGUCAACUGACUCUAGUCCAGCCUCAACUGGUACCAGUUGGAUGUCAACUGACUCGAGUCCGGCCUCAACUGAUACCAGUUGGAUCUCAACUGACUCGAGUCCGGCCUCAACUGGUACCAAUUGGAUCUCAACUGACUCGAGUCCGGGCUCAGUUGAGCAUCUACAGGUAUCAGUUGGAGUUCAACUGAUAUCAGUAGAAGCUCUACUGAUAUCAGUUGAAAUCAACUGA